AUGAGGAAUAUAUUUAGUUAUUUUUAUGGAACACAUGUAUUCUUUAAUUUUAUACAUAGGCUAAUAAACCAGGGACUGAAUUAAAGAUGGACUAAUCAUAUGAAACAUUUGUUUUUGAAUUUACAUCAAAUGAACAUGUUCCAAUUUAUGAAAAAUGGACAAAAGGAGAAGAACAAGAAUAUAUAGGUGUUUAUAUUAAAUAAAUUAGAUAUUAAAUUGCAAGCAGUAGAAAAUAUUUAUUUAGAUAACUAUGAUUAAUAGUUAAAACAACCAGAAGAAAUUAAUUUAAUAGAUUAUAUAGUUUAAGAGAAUGACACUCUAUUUGGACUAGAACUAAAAUUUAAUAUUAAGUAUUGAAGUCUAUUAAUGUUAAGUUAAAACAGAAUAUUAAAGUUAAAUGACAUAUCUCCUGAGUGUUUUGUACCUGGAAUGAGAAUUAAACUUCCAAAUCCAUAGGAAUAGGAAAUCUAAUAAGAUUAAACAGAAAAUGAUUAUAAUACUCUUAAUCAGAAUUAAUCAUCAUAUUUUGGUAGAAAUUUGAUGGAUGAAAUAAUGUCUAAGGGAUAAACAAAAAAAUGUAUAUAAUAUACAUAUUAAACAUAUUAGUUAAUGUAUAUUAUUUGACUAAUUAUGGAUGUAUAGAAGGAAUUUUAACAAUAAAUAAUGAUGUAAUUCUAUUUGAUCCAAGUUUCAUUGAUCAUAAUAAAGAAAUAGUUAAAAAAUGUUAAAGUAAUAAUAUAUACAAUAAUAGAAUAAAGCAUUCUUAAUUUUUAAGCUUGUUUGAUGACAAAAGAUGUUAGAUCUGUAGAUUUAAAUGAAUUGCCAAUGAGAAUUGCUAAAAGUUCAAAUAAAUGUUUUAAGGAUUAUGUAUUACUCAUUCAUGUUAAUUCAAAUGUAACAAGUAAAAAGUUAGUUGAAAUUAUACCAAUCUUAAGUUUUAGAGUAUAUAUAUUUAAUCUUAUUAUAGAUAUAAAAUGAUUAAAAUCAAAAAGAACAUAUGUAAUUAAGUGUUGAUUUAUAUGAAACUUUAAAAUAAGUUGUGAGAACUAAAUCUUAAAGAAUAUUAGAGGAUUAACAAUAAUCAAAAGAAUAAAAUCUAACUAUUAUUCCUUUUUAUGAUAUUCAAGAUUCUUUAUUAACUGAAAAAUUAUUAAAAAGAACAAAUAAUUUAUGGGGAGCUUAGGAUUAUUUACCUUAAAUGAUGUAAUAAUCAUAAAUUUGUGAUAAUGAUGAAUUAAUUUAGGUAAAUUAAUUAUUAUUAUUAUUAAAUUUAAGAUUAUUGCUCAUGUUCCAUCAAUCUAUAAAACAUCAAAUUGGAAAUUAAUUUUCUCAAAUGUUAUUCAUGGUUCAUCAUUUCAAACAUUAUUACAUAAAUGUGAAAACAGAUCACCAUUAAUAUUAACUAUCAAAGAUGGACAUGAAUGUAAAUUUGGAGCUUAUUUAAAUGAAUCUCUAUAAUUAACAUUUGGAAAAUUUUUUGGUAAUGGUGAAACAUUUUUAUGGACUUUUAAAGUAAUUAUAAAAUGAUUGUAGGAAAAUGAAUUUAGAGCAUUUAGAUGGGCAGAAACAAAUAAUUAUUUUAUAUUUUGUGAAUCAGAUGGAUUUGCUGUUGGAUGUGGUGAUUAAUUUGGUCUAUAUAUUAAUCAAUCUUUGACUUCAGGUAAUACAAAUAAAUGUGAGACUUAUAAAAAUGAAAUAUUAACAGUAACUAAUGAUUUUAGUAUUAAAAUACUUGAAAUAUGGAGUUUAAGUGAAUGA